AUGGCGGGCGUCGUCUUCCUCACGUACGGCGUCCUGAGCCUCUGCGUAUUGGGCUUUGCUGCUGUCUUUUACGGCUCGUACUACCUCUCGGCCAAGUACUUGGGCGUCUUCCGCGCCUUCUCCGAGGUCCAGAAAGGCGAAUGGUGCUCUCGGAUCAACUCGACGAUUCACUCGGUAGUCAUCUGCGCCGGUCUUCUCUACAGCUUUAGUCAGCAGGAAUGGGACGCGCAUUUGAUGCCAAUUCACAGCCUCGACCUCGCGAUCGGUCUCUUCUCGUUCUCGAUCGCGUACUUUCUCUUUGACUUGUACGUGGUGUACGCAUGGAAGAUCGAGCACUACAAGGUGUUUGUGGCCCACCACAUCAUUGCCAUGAUUCCGUAUGUGCUCUACAACUUUUACGGCGGCUGCACCGUCAACACAUACCUCCUGAGCAUGUAUCUCCUCGUCGAGAUCUGCAUUCCGCCCAUGAACCUCGCGACGAUCGUCGACCUCCUCGGCUACAAAGAGACGGUCGUGUACAUUGGCCUCUUUUAUGUCGCGUACGUUGCGUGGUUCUUUGCCCGCGUGUGCCUCCCGCUCUACACGCUGUACGUCAUGUGGGUCGACUUCAUCCCGGGCACGGACUGGAGCUCGUUCCAAGUCUUCCUCUGCACGGCGCCGCCGCUGCUGUGCGGCCACGUCAUUUCGAUCUUCUGCAUUGGCUGCUUCGUCACGAUGAUCACGCCCGACGUGCUUGCGCGCUGGAAAAAACACCGAACGACGCCCAAAAAAAAACGCCGAUGGCGCAGCAACAGGCGUCGGCCAAGAACUACGGGGCCCUCGAAGCGGUGUAGAGCUCAUAUCGUCCGCCGCCGUCGUUUAGCCGUCCCCUCGCCGACGCACAGACCACCACCACGUUGAUGACGUCGCACUAAUAUACAUGCCAUAUACGCGAUGCCCGG